GGUGAUGCAUCGUAAAGAGCGAAUCAAAACAAAAACAGUUCCACCACAAACGCAAACUUUUCGUGUGUCGUGAGAAGCUCCAGCUUUUCCUCGGGAGAGGAAAAUCCGUGUUUAGCAGUAGUGUUCCUGUUCUCGUCGCCGUCGGUCGUGUGGAGUCCUCCUUCGCCGUGACAGUGAGUGUGCGCGCGUGUGUGUGUUUGUGUCGGGUUAUGCGUAAUCGGUGCCCCAGCUGAGUGUUAUCACAAGAAAGAGCCUCGUCGCAGCCUCCGUGCAGAAGGAGCAGCAGCAGUGUGUGAUAAGGCCCGGUUCCUGGUGGGGGUGUUGUGCUCUGUGUUUGGACAGAGAGGGUUUUCGGAUUCCAGGAAUUCAAGGGAAAGUAGAGGAAAAGUUUUUUUUUCCGGAGCUUUGUGUUUUGUGCCGAGAGAAAAAGUUAAGUGAAAAUGAACACCAGUGUGUCGGCGAUGUCCCGUGUGUCCUGUCUGGUGGUUCAACAGUGCUCCCGGAAUGUACCAGGGGUGGCAGCAUGCUCAGUUAGUUCCGGUGGAGACCGGAUACCAGCUGGGAGAAGCUUCAGCAGUGCGAGCAGUACUUCAACCGGCUACUUGUUCAAAGUCAACGGCCACCGCCGUUUCCCAGCGGUCCAGAUCGUCAGCAGUCGUGGCUACACGCAGGCAGCGUCCACCCUGACGCGCGAGCAGCUGCACGAUCUGGUCUACCGUCUCAACGAAGAUGAAAGGGAAUUGCUGAUGAACACGCUGAAGCAGUUUGAAUCCAACAAGCAGAAGGCUCAGUUUGAAGGACAGUUGGCGGCCACGGUUUGGCGAAGUAGGUUCGGUCGUCCGGCACGGCUAAAGCCCUCGCUUGGGGACGUCGAUCCCACCGGUUCCUACUGUGCGGUACCGGAAGAUUGGCUGCAGAAAAAGUUCGCCGAAGCAGAACCUACACCGCCGACGGGGGACUUGAUGAAAUUGGGACUCGUAAAUGCACUUCCAUUCAUCGGAUUCGGCUUCCUGGAUAACUUCACCAUGAUUAUUGCGGGCGACUACAUCGAGCACACGCUCGGCCUGUUUAUGUGCAUCUCGACGAUGGCAGCGGCCGCCCUGGGCAACACUAUCAGCGACGUCAUCGGCAUCGGGUCCGCCUUCUACGUGGAGAAGCUGGCCGAGAUGAGCGGCGUACGGCCCCCGAAGCUGACCCCGAUCCAGCUCGAGAUGAAGGCGAGCCGACGAGCGGCCAACCUGGGUCGCGUGUGGGGCAUCACAAUCGGAUGUCUGCUGGGGAUGUGCCCGUUGCUGUUCAUGAAGGACGAGGACAAGGGGGACAAGAAGAAGGGCGAUAAGAAGGACAAUGGCGAGGAUGCCAACAGCCAGACCACGCCAGAACUGGUGGUCCUGGAAGGCAGCAGCAAGUAAAGACGAUGAUACCUUCGCCACGGGUUCAGUCAGUUAUAAGAUAUUGUUCGCGCGUACUUUAUACGGCUCAGGCGGCUCGAAGUGCCGCGCACUCUGUUUGUGUUAUUCAACGAUUACUUUAUACAAAGCUGUUACGACUUUCUAUUUAUUCUGUACAGUAAUCGAAACUGUGUAAAUAAUACGUUUGUGGUCUCACCGCGCUCAACAUUAUAACAGAACCUUACUCACAUUUUCACCCCUUAACCAACUCUAGAGAAUAACUUUGUUUAACGAUGCGUUUCUUGUUAAUAUAGACUUUUUCAACACACACACACUAGUCUUUCAAAAAGUUAGGAGAAUGAACGCUAACUUAACUUUUAAGGUACCUAACUCUCGUCGCCCAAAAGCAAACUCAAACUCACAAGCAAACUUUGGUGCAGAACAACCGUGCGUCUCCACACCUCCAAUUACAGACAGACAAAUUUGGCUAGAGCCAAACAGUUUGUGCCGCCUCAAGUAUAGAGCUAAACUUAUGUUGCAUUUAGCACAGCAAUCGUGGCUCAUUUUGCUUCAUUAUGUGUAGACACUAGGAACAGGAACAAAAUUGUACUUAUUAUAUUCUCA